AUGCAGAACAACUCCAACAGUAAUAGUAAUUUAAAAGUUUCGGACAUAGACCCAAACCCUAAGGAUGCUGAGGACAAAAAAGAAAGUACAUAUAACUUUGUUGAAGUGCUACCUCCAGAACUUACUUGUAAAAUUUUCAGUCUUCUGGACAUUCAGAGUUUCUGCAGAGCUUCACAGACAUGUCACAGGUGGAAUGAUAUCAUAAGAAACACUGAUUUCUUAUGGAAACCCCAUUGCUUAAUAUGGGUGGCUCAAGAAGAUAGAGAUAAAAAGAGACAAAAUGGUUAUUCCUGGAGGGACAUACUACUGACGAAUGAAGAGAGCAAAGUGAAGAUUGGAUGGCUAAUUGGCAGAUACAGUAACUAUACUCCUGAUAGCCAAUUAGAAAAUAUCAUGUGUCCAGUGGAUGCAGACACAUGGGGGAAAUUUUUUGAAGCAGAAUGUCAAAGACAAUAG